AUGGAAACCUUGGGUGCUUUCAUUGUUGAAGUUGGUAGAUGUUUAGCCAACACCGUGUUGUCACUGUUUGCCACCCUGAAAAAUUUCCAGAAAAACAUCCAAACUUUGAGGGAGGAACUACAAAAGCUCAUCUGCCGAGAAAAUGAUAUAACAGAAGAUAUUGAUAUAGCAAAGAUAGAAGGUAAGCACCCCCCAGGGCAAGUUAAGGAGUGGCUUAAAAUGGUUGACAAGAUCAAGCAAGAGGUUGAGGAGAUUGAACAAAAAGCUCGGCUACUUUUGGAGGCAGAUCCCCUUGAUGCUUCCAUUGACCAGGGGUGUUUUCUUGAUUCUAACAUGCGCCAGAAGUACCAGCUUAGCAAAAGUGCAGCAAAGAAGUGUGAUGAGGUGAAACAACUAAUCAAGGAAUCAUGUGAUCUUCCACCUAUGGAAGAUAGGAAGCUAAGUGAUAUACGUGUUGAACAUAUUCCGGCACCUUCUCUUGUUGGUCAGAAAGCCCCAGAGAAGCUAAAUCAGCUUAUGGAACUUUUGGCUGAUAAAGGAAUCACAAGGAUUGCGGUUUAUGGAAUGGGAGGUUCUGGGAAAACUACACUAGUAAAAACCUUGAACAAUCGGCUUGAGUCUUCUGCCUCAGAGUUCUUUGAUAUGGUCAUCUGGGUCCCUGUGUCGAAUGACCUUGAUAUGAAAAAGGUUCAAUCUCGAGUUGCUGAGAGAUUGAAUUUAGCACUGAAUGCAGAAGAGAGCACAGAGCGAAGGGCUGGUAAACUACAUCGAGUAUUGAAGUCAGGAAAAAGGUUCCUGCUCAUUCUUGAUGAUGUUUGGGAGAAAAUUGAUCUGGACAUCGUGGGGAUACCACAAGGUGAUGACCAAGCAAAUUGUAAGAUCAUUUUGACAACUCGAUCACUUGGCGUGUGUAGGGAAAUGAUGACUGAUAAAGAAAUAAGGAUGGAACUUCUGAAUGAAGAAGAGGCUUGGAAUUUAUUUGCACAAAAUGCAGGAAACGUAGUGGAGUCAGAAGACAUAAAUCCUCUAGCAAGAGAAAUUGCAAGGGAAUGUGGUGGUUUACCUCUGGCAAUCGAGACGAUGGGGAAGUCCAUGAGGGACAAAACAAUGAUUCAGCUAUGGCAGAAUGCACUCUGGCAACUGAAGCAUUCAGAACCACAUUACGGGAGCUUCGACAAGGUAUAUCUGCGAUUGAAACUGAGUUAUAAUUCACUGCCAAGUAAGAUUUUUAAGUGGUGCUUCUUAUCUUGUUCGUUGUACCCAGAAAAUUUCUUAAUUAAAACAAGGGAACUAAUAUAUUGCUGGAUGGCCGAAGGAUUGAUCGGUGAACGUCAAACUUUAGAGGAGUCAUUCAAUGAUGGGAUUGCAAAACUUGAAUAUUUGAAGGAUUCUUGCAUGUUAGAACAGGGUGAAGGUAUUGGCACUGUAAAGAUGCACAGUGUAUUGAGGGAAGUAGCCAUAUGGAUAUCCUCAAAUGAGAAAGAAACUGGGUUUUUCAGCAGUUCAUUGCAAGGAAUGCUAGAAAAGCUUCAAACAUCCUUCAGAAGAGUUUCAUUUAUGAAUAAAUCUAUAACGAGUUUGCCAACUCGGUUGCUGGGGGCCUCAAAUCUAACUGUGCUGUUCCUUCAAUGUAAUCCUCUAAAUAAAAUCCCCGACGGUUUCUUUCGAGAGGUUAGAGUACUAAAAUUCUUGAAUUUAAGUAGCACUCAAAUAACUUCCUUGCCUUCUUCUCUUCUUCAUCUAAGGGAGCUACACACUCUUCUCUUAAGAGACUGUCGUUCUCUAGAAAAUCUACCCCCACUUGGAGGUCUUUAUAAACUCCAAGUGCUUGAUCUCUGUGGCACUCGAAUAAGAGAACUUCCAAAGGAUAUGGGAAAGUUAAUUCAUCUGAGAGAUCUAAACUUGUCACGCACACACCACUUAGAAAUCAUCAUGGAGGGAAGCAUAUCAGGAUUAUCUAGUCUUGAGGUCUUAGACAUGUCUUUCAGUGCUUAUAAGUGGGAUGUGAAACGCAAUGUAGAAGGAGCGGCAUUUGAUGAAUUAUUAUCAUUGCGUCAACUUUCAGUUCUUCAUAUAAGGCUAGACACAGUUGAUUGUGUUGCCUUGGACUAUGCUGGCCCAUGGUUUGGGAGAUUGAAGGAGUACACCAUACGGAUUGGUACAAGGAGCUGCGAUACGAAUUUACCAACUCAACAUGAUGAGAAAAGAGUCAUCCUUAGAGGGGUUGACCUCUUGAAACGAGGCCUCGAGGAGCUACUGUGCAGUGCUAGUGCCCUGGACCUUGUCUCGUGUGGAGGUAUGAGUAGUUUGUCUGAUAUAGUUGCCAGAAAGAGUUCAUGUGGCCUGCCAAACUUGAAGUCACUCACCAUAUCAAAUUGUGGCUGCAUAACUAGUUUGUUAAUUGGCGAACAAAAUCUUAGGAGCACAUUAACAAAUCUGGAGCAUUUAACUCUCAGUCGCCUAGACAACUUAGCAACCAUGGUGGAUGGAAUAGUUCGCAGAGGAUGCCUUGGAAACUUAAAGACCAUUAAAGUGGUGGGAUGUGGAAGGCUAAAGAAACUCAUAUCCUUUGCUUUACUUCGGCUGGUUCAAAACAUCGAAGAAAUAAAGGUAAGUGACUGCAGGAGGAUGAAGCAAUUGAUCGCAGAAAAUUACUACGAAACGCUUCCAAAGCUGAAAACCAUAGAACUCAGGGAUAUGGAAACUUUGAGGACCGUUUGUUCAAGGGAAAUGGAAGGAUCAGCUUUGGAGAGGAUUGAGGUGAGCAAUUGCCCCAGGCUAGGGAAGCUUCCCUUCACAGCAUGCGAUGCGCUAACUAUUAAACAAAUUAGAGGAGAUUUAAAUUGGUGGAAUAGUCUUCGAUGGCGAAAUGAUGCAGAUAAGAUCAGUCUUCAGCAACGAUUCCAAGCAACAGAGGAUUAG